CAAUUGGACCCAAAAUAGAGAAAAUCCAUGAAAUAAACUAAAAAACAAAACUGGUUGAAAAACUUUGAAGCCCAACAACAACAGCCAAGAAUCAAGAAUAGAACUAGCAGAGUGUCGUCUCUGUAACUCUCAACACAUCCCGGCGGUCGAAUGCUUCAAGCUCUCCUUGAAUUCCGAAAACACAAAUCUCACAUCAAACAGGUUGGUUCACUUCUCUUUCACCUUUCUUCUUUUCCUAGAAAACUUCAACUCCAACAGUUUCAUCUACUACGUUCUUCAUCUUCUGCAAAACCAACAUAUACUACGCAAUAUUCAUCUUCUGUUGAAAAAUCAAAGAGUUUAAGCUUUUCGAGUAAUAAAGGUGAGAUCUUGAACAACCCCAUCAUCAAAGAUUGUCUUCUUAAGCUAUCUGAGAUCUCCCCUGCAACUGUUCGUAGAUAUUGGAGAGUUUCUGUGUUGAAUCCUAAUGAUGUUCUUGAAAUUCUGUUGGGUUUUCAAAAUGAUAGUGGAAUUUUUGAUGUUGAGGUUAAAAAGAUUGGAUCUUUAUGGGGAAUUUAUAUGUGGGCUAGCAAGCAGAGUAAGAGUUUUAGGCAUCUUAUUAAGGCCUCUGAGAUCAUUGCUACAAUGCUUGUCCGUUCUGGGUUGUUCAAGGAAGUUGAGUGCUUGGUUUCAUUGUUGGAUACCCAAGGAACUUUCUUGGAUAAUCAUGAGAUUUACAGUAAUCUAAUUGAAGUGUUUGUGGGUGAUUAUCGAUUAGAGAAUGCUAUUGGAUGUUAUGAUCGAAUGAGGAUGCGAGGUGUAUCCCCAUCGAUUUCAUGUUACAGGGUAAUCCUUGAGUUUUUGAUUCAAAUACAUGAAACUCAAUUGGCAUUUCAAAUUUAUGUUGAUGCUAUAGAUAUUGGCUUGGGAAGGAAUGUGUCUGAAAGGGGUAUAUAUGAGGGUGUUGUCAGACUGUUAUGUGCUGAUGCGAAAGUUCAGGAUGCCAGGAAUUUGGUUAAGAAGGUCCUGGCUUUCGGAAUUGAACCUAAUUAUUUAAUCCUCGAUUCUAUUGCUUCUGGUUAUUGUAAUAAACGAGAUUAUGAUGAUCUGCUGAGUUUCUUUGUCGAGAUCAGUUGUAUUCCUGAUGUAACUGUAGUCAAUAAGCUCAUCCAGUCUGUCUGUGGACAGUUUGGUGUGGCAAGCGGGAACUCAUACGUGAUGAAGUUGGAUCAACUGGGUUUUUGUAUGAAUGAAAUAACAUUUGGGAUUUUGAUUGGAUGGGCUUGUCGUAAAGGAAAACUGAAGGAUGCAUUCUUUUAUCUUUCAGAGAUCCUGUCAAGAAAUCUAAAGCCCAAUAUAUAUUCCUAUGAUGCUAUUCUUAGUGGACUUUUCAAGGAGGGUAUGUGGAAACACUAUCAAGACAUUCUUCAAGAAAUGGAGGAUCAGGGAGUAGAGCCUCAAUUAUCAACUUUCAGGGUUCUUUUAGCUGGAUUUUGUAAAGCUAGGCAAUUUGAUGAAGUAAACACAAUGGUAUCUAAGAUGGUAGGUCGUGGCUUGAUCCAACUAUCUCCUACUGAAGAUCCACUUUCCGGAGCUUUUGGAUUCUUGGGUCUCAAUUCUUCUGCUGUGAAAAUCAGAAGAGACAAUGAUAUAAGAUUUCAUAAAGCAGAAUUUUUCGAUAAUCUUGGUAAUGGGCUUUAUCUGGAUACAGAUGUCGAUGAGUAUGAGAGAGUUAUUCAUAAAGUCCUUGAUGAUGCCAUGCUUCCUGAUUUUAACGCUGUUGUAUGGAAGGAUUACAUGAAAAAAGACAUGAAAGAUGUUCUGAUGAUGGUGGAUCAAAUGUUCUGUUGGGGACAAGAAAUAUCUCUGGGUGCUCUGGAUGCCCUAGUGAAAGAGCUGUGCGCAUCCAGCAUUUGUAUUAAGACCAUUUCUGGUCUGUUGGAGAAAGUUCCAAAUUUUACACAUCAGCUUGAUCAAGAAACUCUAAAUAAGCUUGUUCGGAAAUACAGCAAAAAGGGGUCUGUGCACAGGGCAAGAGCAAUCUUGCAUGGCAUGCUAAGUAGACAUCUAAGACUUGAUAGUGAAACUCAUACUGCUCUGAUGAUGGGCUUAUGCAAGAAAGGGGAUCUGAGAGGUCUAACUUCUUACUGGAAGUUUGCACGAACUAAUAAUUGGUUACCUGAUUUGAAGGAUGGAAAGACACUCUUCAGUCGCCUAUGCAGGCGAAGACGGCUUAAUGAAGCACUGGAGCUUUUUAAUGCCUUGCUGGUGUUCUACCCUGAUGAAGUAUGUGAUGCUCUUCAUAUGUUCCUUGAAGAACUCAGUGCUAAAGGGUUCACAAGCUCUGCCAAGAUUCUGGCGAAGGAAAUCUUAAGCCAGGGCUGUAUUUCUAGUCACUCGGCUCAUAGCCAUCUUAUUCAGGAGUUCUGCAAUUGGAGAAUUUUUCGAGAAGCUGCUGUUGUCUGUGAUAACAUGCUUGCUAAGGACUGGAUCCCGCCCUUGGAUGCAUCUCUUCAAUUAAUCCCUCAGCUGUGUAGGUCCGGUAAUUUUGACAAAGCUGUUGCGCUGAAAGAUAUUUGUUUAAGAGACGAGCCUCCAGCUGUGCUUCCCUUACACCGUGCUUUAAUUCAUGGUUAUUUCGCAUCAGGAAGGGUCAGAGAAGCAACCAGUCUCUUCCAAGAGACAUUGGCAAAGGAGCUAUUUCUGAGUGUCGAAAUUUGUGAUGUUCUGUUUCAAGGCUACUGUCAAGCUAACAAGAGGAAGAAAGUUGAGGAGCUGCUUGGCGUCGUGAUACGUAAGAACUUAGGUAUCAGCAUUGCAAGUUACCGCGAUAUAGUGCGGUUGAUGUGUACACGAGGCAAGGUAUCUACAGCAUUAUGCCUGAAAGACCAUGUGCUUAAACAAAGCAACCCUCCUAUAGCCGUGAUAUAUAACAUUUUGAUUUAUUCCCUUUUCUCAACUAAUAAAACCUCAGUUGUUAAUACUCUUGUACAUGAGAUCCUAGGUAAAGGACUGCAACUAGAUGAGGUGACUUACAAUUAUCUCGUUCAGGGGUUCUGGCGGUGUAAAGAUUUGUCAUCUGCCACACAAUAUCUAAAGUAUAUGAUGGAGAAAGAUCUGAGACCAAGUGACCGUAGUUUGAGAGAGGUGAUCAAAUGCCUUUGUUGUUAUGGGGAGCUUGAAGAAGCUUUAACCUUGAGCAAAGAAAUGGAGUUUAGAGGUUGGAAUCAUGGUUCAGUCGUUCAAAACAAUAUAGUGGAGACCCUUCUUUCUAAUGGUAAGCUAGGCGAAGCCAUAAACUUUUUGGAUCGGAUGGCAAUAAAAUGCCUCAUUCCUGAAAAUAUUGAUUACACUUAUCUCAUCAAGCGACUUUGUCAGCACGGAAGGGUAGAUAAAUCAGUAGAUCUUAUGGACAUCAUGUUGAGAAACGGGAACGUGCCAGAGUCAAGCAGUUUUGAUUACGUUGUUCAAAGUUACUGUACCUGGCGUAAACUGGAUGUAGCCCUGAAUUUCCAUGCGGAGAUGUUAUGUAGAAAUCAAAGGCCAAGCAUAAACACUUGGAGCAUUCUGAUCAAGAGCUUAAGUGAAGGAGGACAACUUGCAGAGGCAGAGAAACAACUCGAUUCAAUGGUUCAGCUUGGAGAAAUCCCGAGGAGGGAAACGUAUUCCUUGCUGAUCAACAUGUAUCGCUUUCAGAACAAUCUUAACAAGGCAUCUGAGCUUCUACGCGCAAUGCAACGUUGUGGUUAUGAACCUGACUUUGAAACUCAUUGGUCUCUGAUAAGCAAUUUGAGGGAUUCAAGUGAUAAUGUAAAUGAUGGGAAGCAGAAUGGGAGAUUUUUGUCCAGAUUUCUUACUGAAAUUGGAUUUUCUAGAAAGAAUUAAAGGGGGAUGACAUAUGUUGUUACCAUAUUUUGUGAAUGAAUUUACUUUGUUGUUUGUUAUUCUCUUUUUAGCUUAUAUGUAUCUUUUUAGCUUUA